AUGUCUUCAUUAAAUAAUUCGACUCAUGAAAUAUUAGAACGUAAUACAUCUAAUGAACCUAAUAACAUAACUGAAGAUAAUAUUCAACGUUAUAUUAAAAAUUCUAAAAUUAAAAAUACUGAUGCCUGUACACAAAAAUGGGUUCGAAGUUUACAAGAGUAUCAUAUGAAAUGUCAAGAUGGAAAACCAUAUAAACCAGAAUCAAUUGUAUCUGCUUAUACCUCACUUCGUCGUUACUUAUUUGAAGGAUCUGCAAUCAAGAAUAUAAAUAUCAAUGAUAGAUUUCAAUUUCCUAUAUUAUAUCGUGUUGUAGAUGGAAAAAUUAUGGAAUUACAAGAUCAAGGUUUAGGUGAAAUUGAUCAGUCAAAAGUUUUUUUCUGGAAUGCAUACUUGCUUGGACUUCGUGGUGGUUAUCAUUAUCGACUUUUAUUAAAUUGUUUUGAUUUUCAACCUGAUGGAAAUUUGAUUUUUAUGAUUGGACGUGAGAAAAAUAAUCAAGGUGGAUUAAAGGGUCGAAGCAAGUAUGGAAGAUUUACUAGUCGUCGCAUUCAUAUUCCUGCUGAUCAAUCUGAUAAUGAAUUCAAGCCAAUUCAAGAUCUUUGUAAUUAUAUUAAUUUACGUCCAUCAGAUGCAUGUGAAUACUUUUACUUGCAAUUAACAAGAAAUAUUCAAAAAAUUAAUAAUAGAAGCUGGUUUAAAGAAUUUCAAGUUAUGCAACAUGAAGAGUUCCAAAUUACACAACAAGAAGUUCAAGUCAUACAACAUAAGGAAUUUCAAACUACACAGCAUAUCACACAAGAUAAUUCUUCGGUCAUGCAACAAGAAGUUAAUGCCACUAAUAUACAGAUUAAAUCACAGCCAUUUCGAAUUCCAUUCAAAAAUGUUCAAGACCAAACGCAACAUAUUGAAAUGACAAAAGAUGGGAUUACCAAUAUUUUCGAGUUUCAUAAUUCUGGAAAUGUUAAAAUU